AUGGAGCAGGAAGGCGAACUUGUGCCCGACCCGAAUGGGUCGACUGUACCGGGAUACCAUGUAUCCCUGCUACAAGGUCACCACUUAGAAUCAAUUCACACUACAGCCCAGCCCAAGAAAAAGCAGAACAAGGUUCAAACUACAACUGCUACACAUCCAGUUCACAACUUAGAUUCAACUCAAUACUUAUAUGACCUUCCUCAGCUUCCAUCACCCCAUCAGAUCAAUGCAACCGACUCUACGAUUGACAAAUCCCUCACUUUAGAUGCUGAUGACUUGAAAUCCACGAAUCCUGCUCCAGGCUCUGAUUGCUCCUCUCGGCUUCCAUCACCUGGUCAAAUCUUUCACACACUACCGGAUUUAAGCGUUCAGACACUUCCACAUGCCAACUUUGAUUGUGAUGACAACUUAGGCAGCUUGACUCGCAGCUUCUCGUUACCCGAUCAAGCAGAUCAAGACCAACAGGAAAACCUUAUGGCCAACAACUCCAAUAACUCUUUUCCGCCUUGUCUCCAGGAAUUCAACACUGUAUCCACAAAACCCCCCACUUUUAAUCGAUUGGUCGACUACGAUUCAGAACAUUCGUUUUCAACCAAUGUCUCACAAGCUUCACGGCCUCCUACACCACCUCAUGAUUGCCUACCUGACCCAUUGCUUUUACCUCCCGAUUCUCUGACUCACAAGACAACACCUUUGUAA